AUGGAGGCUAAAGUUUCCCAGAGCUUGCAGUUGUCUACAUGGAUUGACUCAGAGAAGAUCGUAAGGAAUCCAAGUGGACCAUUACUGUUUUUGCGGAGAUGUAAGGGACAACAGAGGCUUCACAUGCUUGUGUCUUGUAAUUUGCAAUCUAGAAAAGCUGCAACUUGGCGUAGACCAAUAGCAUUGAAGGUUUCCUGUUCUUCUAAAAACAUUCCAGCUUCAUUGUUGGAGUCUGAAAGUUUUCCGGAAACCUUUGAUGAAGCUACAAUUCUAAAGAAUAAAUCAGAAGAGAUUGAACCAUAUCUAAGUGCACAGUGUAUAUAUAUAGUUGGAAUGAUGGGUUCUGGAAAAACAACUAUUGGCAGGAUUUUGUCAGAAGCACUUGGCUAUUCAUUUUUUGACAGUGACAAAUUAAUAGAGCUGGCUGUGGGGGGAACUACUGUCACUGAAAUCUUUAAUCUAUAUGGUGAGAGCUUCUUCAGAGAUAAUGAGACUGAGGUAUUGCACAAGCUGUCUUCAAUGCAUCGGCUAGUUGUUUCCACUGGCGGGGGUGCAGUUAUUCGGCCCAUCAAUUGGAAGUACAUGCAGAAAGGAAUUAGUGUUUGGUUAGAUGUACCUUUGGAAGCCUUGGCACAGAGAAUUGCAGCUGUAGGAACUGGUUCUCGCCCUCUUUUGCAUCACAAAUCUGGCGAUGCUUAUGCAAAGGCUUUCAAGUGUUUAUCUACCCUGUUGGAAGAGAGGGGUGAAGCUUACGCCAAUGCUAAUGCUAGGGUUUCUCUGGAAAAUAUUGCAGCCAAACUCGGAUACAAAGAUAAUCUUGCAAAUGGAAAAUACAAUAGGAAAAAAGGAUGA